CCCCAUCCUGGGAGCAAGCAGUAAGAGGCAUUGCUUCCCUUGUAACCCCCCUCUCCAAGCUGGGGUUCAAGAUCAAUCUGAAAAAAAAGCUGUUUAACACAGAGAAUAGAAUAUAUAGGCAUAAUGCUGGAUUGUCUCUCAUCAUUCAACACUCUUAGAUUAACUAAUUGGGUCGUUUCGACAGUGCCUCUCCCUUUCCACAGAGGGCGCUCGGUCACCAUUUCAGUAGUACCUCUUUCCCCACUGAGGAUGAGAAAAUUCCAGUACUGGGUGUCUGCCCAACGUAUGUCUACACGGCAUCACCACAAUUGUCAGAUAAAGGUAUCCUCUGCAUGUCUCUUGGCUCUUCGUCACUGGAAGAGCCCCUCAAUCUUUGUUUCUGGCACCCCUAGGGGUAGUGGCACGAGGAAGGUGGUGAUGACAGACAUGCCACUCACGGGCUGGGGCACCGUUCACGAGGGGAAUGCAAUAAACUCUGCAUUGCUCACAUAAAAUUACCUCAAAUUUCUGGCAGUGUUUCUUUCACCGAAACACUUUCUACCCUCCCUUUGGAAUUGUCACGACUUGAUCAGAACAGACAAUACGACUGUGGUGGCUUACAUCAACCACGAGGGUGGCACUUGCUCCCUGUGCUUACAGACUAUCCAUCAGGAUUAUUCAGUGGAGCAGGGCACACAUACUGUCCCUACUCGCAACGCAUGUCCCGGGAGUACUAAACGUAGGAUCAGACUUAUUAUCCAGGGAGAAUCCCCUUUAAAAGGAAUGGAGACUCCAUCCCCAAAAGUGGUGAAACAGAUCUGGAGGAAAUACAGUCAAGCAUCCGUAGAUCUCUUCAUCCCAAGAAAAUGCGCACUACCCAUUGUUCUUCGUGCUAGCUUUACUCCCCACUUUAGCCAGAGUGAGGGAAGAAGGCUCAUCCCUCAUCUUGGUAACCCCUCGAUGGCCAAGCAAGCUCCGGAUAACAGAGAUCCUUUUUCUGCUGUAUGACUAGCCCUGGCAUCUCCUGUGACCCAAGCGAACAGAGAGAUUUUCCACCCUCACUUAGGAACCAUGGCCCUCUGGGCCUGUCCCAUGAAAGGUUCAAUCUGGAUGUGACAGGCCUACCGCUCGGAGUCAUUGAGACUGAGCACCAGGGCUCCUUCUUCACAUUCACGAUAUGGAAACAAGUGGUGUGACCAAAAACAGAUAAUUCCUUACCAAUGUUCUGUGUCAGAGGUGUUCUACAGGACCUUAUUGACUGAGGGAAGGCUUUCCCACUGUUAAAGACAUGCUUCGGUUCUCUGGCGACUCAGAAAGCAUUUUUUUGAGCCUCCCGCUUUGGGCUGAAUGUUUCAAUGUGUAGUUCAGACAUACAUAAUCUAUGAGAAGAAUUACAGUCCCCUAGCAAAUCGAGUUCUAGCCAAUGAGCUUCAGCCGUUCGCAAUUGAGUGACAGCUAGCCUACCCAGCAUUAUCCUAUGAGGUUGCAGGGAGGUCCCAAAGGCUCAAUGGACACAGCAGUGAGAGAGCGAGAGCAAUGGCAUCGUGCACAUAUCUGCAUAUACUGUAUGUGACGCACUAUGCAAUUUUCAAGGACCACUUUUGGCUUGUGAGUGCGAUAACAGAUCUACUGACUAAAAAGUAUACAGAAGUACCGGAGAAUCUCUUUAAGGUCUAUCUAAUCACUAUCUUGGCCUGUCAUAUAUUCUUCGACAAUAACAGUGGGAAAAUACGUUUCAUGAAGGGGGAACGUCGCGUACGUCCAGUUCCGAAGCCUUUAGUAACAUCUUGGCUCUCUCUAAUUCUCUCCUUCUCUCUUUCUUUCUCUCUCUCUCGGAGGACCUGAGCCCUAGGACCAUACGUCAGGACUACCGGGCAUGAUGACUCCUUGCUGUCCCCAGUCCACCUGGCCUUGCUGCUGUCCCAGUUUCAACUGUUCUGCCUGCGGUUAUGGAACCCCUACCUGUCCCAGACCUGCUGUUUUCAACUCUUAAUUAUCGGCUAUGAAAAGCCAACUGACAUUUAUUCCUGAUUAUUAUUUGACCAUGCUUGUCAUUUAUGAACAUUUUGAACAUCUUGGCCAUGUUCUGUUAUAAUCUCCACCCGGCACAGCCAGAAGAGGACUGGCCACCCCUCAUAGCCUGGUUCCUCUCUAGGUUUCUUCCUAGGUUUUGGCCUUUCUAGGGAGUUUUUCCUAGCCACCGUGCUUCUACACCUGCAUUGCUUGCUGUUUGAGGUUUUAGGCUGGGUUUCUGUACAGCACUUCGAGAUAUUAGCUGAUGUACGAAGGGCUAUAUAAAAUAAACUUGAUUGAUUGAUUUAGUCCCAUCAUGGGAUUAGUGGGCUUGAGGCUAUUUCACAGGAGCCUUUUGAGCCACUGGAAAUCAUGGAUGAAAUAUCUCUCCUUUUAAAUCGCUUUACUACAAAACGAGUGAAUGAGCUACAUGCACUGUCAGUUCACCAUUGGUGCCUGUAUGCUGCGAUACGGGAGUUGGCUAUAUACUUCAUGUGAGAUGAAUAAUUGAAUAACUGAAAGAGAACUUAAUCCCGGUUCUCAUGAGUGAGAUAUCUCACUGCAUACCCUUACUCGCAAGAGUGUGCGGAAGUUCGGCAUGCUCGAGAAUGAACAGAGGGCGGGCGAGUGGCUCUUUUUAAUGAGGGGAGGGGCUCACCUCAUUCGUCACUCGACCUGUCUGUCUCCGACAGGCGUGUGUGAGUGGUUCUUCAAGCUUCUGAGAUCAGAAAAACGUUUAUUUUUCAGGCUAUUGGAUUUAAUUACAUCGCUAUAUCAGCAGUAAUUUAUACUGUAUGAUUGCUGUGCAGUGUUGCUGGAUGUGUAAAACAGACUGCAUGUGUGUGUGUGUGUGAUUGUGAGAGAGAGACAGAGCUCGCUCCUCAGGUUGGUGAUGACGAUGCGCCGGCAGAGAGACGCAACCACAGACAUGCUAGGGCUUGCUAACAACACGGCAGGCUAUUGCCCCAAAGUUAAAGCGAAUGAGGAACCCACUGAUGGUGGACGAGGGAAGCAGGCUCAUGGUCAAAUGUGAGGCUACAGGGAACCCCAGCCCUACCUACAAAUGGUUCAAAGAUGGCAGUGAGCUCAAGAAAAGCAGAGAGGUCAAAAUAAAGUCCAGCCAGAAGAACUCCAGGGUCCAGAUCAGCAGAGCCAAGCUGGAGGAUUCUGGGAAUUACACGUGUGUGGCAGAGAACCUUCUGGGGAACUCUAACUCCACCAGCACUGUUCAUGUCCAAAGCAUAACCACCACACUAUCGCCAGGCUCGGGCCACGCCAGAAGAUGCAACGACACCGAGAAGGAUUACUGCGUGAACGGCGGCGACUGUUACUUUAUACAUGGUAUCAAUCAGCUCUCCUGCAAGUGUCCGAAUGACUUUACUGGCGACCGCUGUCAAAACUACGUUAUGGCCAGUUUCUACCAGCAUCUUGGGAUUGAAUUUAUGGAGGCGGAGGAGCUCUAUCAGAAAAGAGUCCUGACAAUCACGGGUAUCUGCGUGGCUCUGUUGGUGGUGGGAAUCGUGUGUGUAGUGGCCUACUGCAAAACCAAGAAACAGAGGAAGAAGAUGCACAAUCACCUGCGGCAGAACAUGUGUGCAGAUCACCCCAACCGGAACCUAGCGAACGGACCCAAUCACCCAGGACCUGGCCCUGAGGAGAUACCCAUGGUAGAUUACAUCUCAAAGAAUGUGCCUGCAACGGAGCGUGUCAUACGGCAUGGAACAGUGGCCUCCUUCCCCGGCAGCCACGCGUCAUCCAGAUCUCACAACUCCUAUACCCAUGCCCGUUCAUCCACUCACAGACACGAGGAGCGGACGUGGAGCCUGGAACGGACUGACAGUGUCCUCUCGGACUCGCCGGGCAUGAUGUCGUCCUCCGUGGGGACCAGUAAAUGCAACAGUCCUGCGUGCAUGGAGGCCCGGGCCAGGCGUGCCGCACACUGUGGCUUUACUGUGCCCCACCGGCCGGGAUUGCAGUACGGGGACUCGUUCGACUCGCUGGGGGACUCUCCGCACAGCGACAGGUAUGUGUCGGCCCUGACGACGCCGGCCCGCCUCUCUCCAGUGGACUUCCAUUACUCGCUGCCCCCGCAGGUGCCUAUCUUCCAGAUCACCUCCCCCAACACCAGCCAGGCCAUGUCCCUGCCGCCAGCCGCCCACACCCCCUACCCCCUGGAGGACGACCAGCCUCUGCUGCGGCGCUACCAGGUGCCCCUGCACGACAUCCAGCGCCAGGAGCCCUACCGGCAGCAGCGCCGCACCUACCUGAACGACAGCACGGGCAGCCUGCCCUCCAGCCCCUACCGGCUGGCUGAGGAAGAAGACUACGAGACCACGCAGGAGUACCUGUCCUCCCGAGAGCAACCAAAGAGAAGUGGGCCUGGCAGUGGUGGUGGUGGGGGUCGGCGCUUGCGGAGGUCCAGGCUGAACGGCCACGUAGCGCCGCGAGGAUACGAGGCAUCACGGGACUACGGCUCUCGCAGCUGCCUGACGGACAGCGAGUCGGAGGAGGAAGAGGGCGAGAGCACGCCCUUCCUCAGUAUGCAGAAUAUGAACGCAGAGCCCUCCACCAUCUACAGGCCAGCCGACAGUCGGACUUCUCAGUCGCACUCUACGGGGCGGCACGGUGCACGCGGGAACGUACAGACCAGACAGACGCACUCGCGGUCCAAACCGGACAAUGCACCCCACUAAAGAAAGAAGUCGACCUACCAACAAAAAAUCUAUAUACUAUAAACCUGCACCUAUAAGAAAUAUUUUUAUUUUAUAUAACUGACAGAUAUUCUAAACAAAUGAAAUAUUUAUUUUCAUUUUAGCAAAAGUUGUCUACUAGUUAACAGCAAAGACUUUUUUAUAGGGAAAACUCUAUUUAUAUGUACAUUUUGAUUUACAGCAUAAAAACACGUGCCAAUUUUUUCACUACUUAAAAAAUAGAGUAAUAUUGUGGUGCCUUUUGCUGUAUGCCGAUGCCAGAGGGCCAGUGGAGGUUUUUGCUGUGUGCCGAUGCCAGAGGGCCAGUGGAGGUUUUUGCUGUGUGCCGAUGCCAGAGGGCCAGUGGAGGUUUUUGCUGUGUGCCGAUGCCAGAGGGCCAGUGGAGGUUUUUGCUGUGUGCCGAUGCCAGAGGGCCAGUGGAGGUUUUUGCUGUGUGCCGAUGCCAGAGGGCCAGUGGAGGUUUUUGCUGUGUGCCGAUGCCAGAGGGCCAGUGGAGGUUUUUGCUGUGUGCCGAUGCCAGAGGGCCAGUGGAGGUUUUUGCUGUGUGCCGAUGCCAGAGGGCCAGUGGAGGUUUUUGCUGUGUGCCGAUGCCAGAGGGCCAGUGGAGGUUUUUGCUGUGUGCCGAUGCCAGAGGGCCAGUGGAGGUUUUUGCUGUGUGCCGAUGCCAGAGGGCCAGUGGAGGUUUUUGCUGUGUGCCGAUGCCAGAGGGCCAGUGGAGGUUUUUGCUGUGUGCCGAUGCCAGAGGGCCAGUGGAGGUUUUUGCUGUGUGCCGAUGCCAGAGGGCCAGUGGAGGUUUUUGCUGUGUGCCGAUGCCAGAGGGCCAGUGGAGGUUUUUGCUGUGUGCCGAUGCCAGAGGGCCAGUGGAGGUUUUUGCUGUGUGCCGAUGCCAGAGGGCCAGUGGAGGUUUUUGCUGUGUGCCGAUGCCAGAGGGCCAGUGGAGGUUUUUGCUGUGUGCCGAUGCCAGAGGGCCAGUGGAGGUUUUUGCUGUGUGCCGAUGCCAGAGGGCCAGUGGAGGUUUUUGCUGUGUGCCGAUGCCAGAGGGCCAGUGGAGGUUUUUGCUGUGUGCCGAUGCCAGAGGGCCAGUGGAGGUUUUUGCUGUGUGCCGAUGCCAGAGGGCCAGUGGAGGUUUUUGCUGUGUGCCGAUGCCAGAGGGCCAGUGGAGGUUUUUGCUGUGUGCCGAUGCCAGAGGGCCAGUGGAGGUUUUUGCUGUGUGCCGAUGCCAGAGGGCCAGUGGAGGUUUUUGCUGUGUGCCGAUGCCAGAGGGCCAGUGGAGGUUUUUGCUGUGUGCCGAUGCCAGAGGGCCAGUGGAGGUUUUUGUAGCCUUUUCUUAUAUGGACAUCAUUUUUUUUCAUACACGUUUUCUCUUUUGGCUUUUAUUUUUCUUUCUUGGAGUCCAGACCCAUUUGAACUUUACUCCUCCCCUUCCACAUCAUGCAAUAUAAACCACUUAAUCAUAAGGUGUAUGUUUACAUUAAUAUAAUUUGCCUAUAGGGUUUAUCAUUUUUGACAUCCAAUGGAAAAUCUGAUAAAUGCAACGCAGGUCCUUUUUGCUCUCUGAGUGAAGGAGUGUGUGUGGGCGUGUGUGUGUUGUACCAACUCAUUGCUCUAUUGGGCACCAAAGCAAGCUGAAUCAGUCAAGGAAAGCUGCUGAUGCACAGUGAGGCCCAACCUGGGUUCCAUGGUUGUGCUGCUGUUGGGUAGAGAGUUCUGUUGGGUAGAGAGUUCUGCAUGUUGUUGCUUGAUGUGUGUUUACAGCUGCCUCACCUAACCUGCCCCACCCCACCCUGGCCAUCCUUGUCCCAACAGGGUAAGGUUUUACUUCAUGCCCCCCCCCCCUUGCCCUAACAGGGUAAAGUUUGUCUAAUGGCCCCCUCCUUGUCCCAACAGGGUAAGGCUUGUCUAAUGGCCCCUCCUUGUCCCAACAGGGUAAGGCUUGUCUAAUGGCCCCCUCCUUGUCCCAACAGGGUAUGGCUUGUCUAAUGGCCCCCUCCUUGUCCCAACAGGGUAUGGCUUGUCUAAUGGCCCCCUCCUUGUCCCAACAGGGUAUGGCUUGUCUAGUGGCCCCCUCCUUGUCCCAACAGGGUAAGGCUUGUCUAAUGGCCCCCUCCUUGUCCCAACAGGGUAAGGCUUGUCUAAUGGCCCCCUCCUUGUCCCAACAGGGUAAGGCUUGUCUAAUGCCCCCCUCCUUGUCCCAACAGGGUAAGGCUUGUCUAAUGCCCCCCUCCUUGUCCCAACAGGGUAUGGCUUGUCUAAUGGGCCCCUCCUUGUCCCAACAGGGUAUGGCUUGUCUAAUGGCCCCUCCUUGUCCCAACAGGGUAAGCCUCCAACAUCCUGGCCUAUCUGUGAUUAAGAAGAAGAAAUGCCACUUGUCAGUGUACAGUAGCAGUUAGUCUGCCAUCAGUGAUAGUGGCUCAAUACAAAGAGACUUUCUCCCAUGACCCCCAUGCCGCCUCCUCCUCUUCCUCACCUGUCCAUUGUGUCCCCGUGGCCAGAGUAAAGGGCCGCACAGCGUCUCAGGACUUCCACCCACCCCUCUGCCCCCCCUCCACCAUCAGACCUACCUAAGACUAAGGUCCCCCCAAGGACAUUAAGGUCACACCCAACUUGCUAUUCCUCUGAGCACUCCCAUCUAGAGAAAAGUAAAGCAGAGUGUUGAACAGAACAGAACACACUGCACCAAUACAAGAUAAAUAGCUGUGAAACUUUGGAGGGUCAUAAAAUGCCAAAAUAUGCAAACUUUCCAUUUUGCUCUGUUUGAUGACAUCAUUUUCGAAGAGGUGACUGUAGUGUGUUGUGUGAAACCUAUGUAAUGCCUGUAGUGUAGAAGAAGAAACAUGAUAUGAAUACAUAUUUACAUCAUUAUUAUAUUUCAUGCAGUUAUGCAGCCAUUGCUCAAAUUGUCAAUUUUCCUCAUUCACAGAUUCAUGUUCAUAGAUUUUUUUUGGGGGGGGGGGGUUCAUGAAUUAUCUCACUGUGUCGAGACCAAGCAGACAACACGCAAGUCUACAGGAAUGACUAACCACUUUAAAGGGUUUCAUACACUAACGUCGAGUGCUGCUCAGUUUUGUGGAUAAGGAUAGUGAUUUGUUGCCUGUUAUGAAGUAUGUCACUAAAAGUUAACAAAUUGUUUGUUCUAACUUCUGUCCUCCACUCCAAAAUAUUGCAGGAGCUUGUUUUGGCUAUGCAUUUGAAUUGUGGUGACAGAAAACAGUUGAUAAUCUUGCAGAACUGGUCAUAUACAUUUUGAAAUACAACCAAAAAACUCAAAUGACUGUACCAGGACAAAUCAUCAGGUUAAUCUAGAUGACAACCCAACUGACAAGUAGGAUUUGAAACCGAACGUGUAACUGCAGUAUGAUGAAGGCAGAGUGACAUAGACACAUAGACAAUGGUUUUCUGUCUCAUCUCCCCCUAUGGAUUUUCUCUCCUUCCGGUUUUUCAGUCUGGGUCUAAUUUUGUGUUUGAAAAAAUGCAAAAGUAGACAGUGCUUCCUUAGUUAGUUGAAAUGUGAUAUUACCCCCCAUUUUGCCCCUCUCCUCACUCGAUAGAAGUGCUGCCAGAUUCGUCCUGUUUUUAUUUUUCUUCCCCCCCCGCUUGAAAUGUUUGAACACCUCUCCUCUGCAUGUGCUUGUGGUCAAGGUUAGAUGCGUGCAUGGUAACAAAGCAGCAGACAUAUAUUUUUUUUGGUCAGCGAAAGUGUAUUUCAUUUCACAUUCAGCAAUAAAAAAAAAAACACCCCCCCCCCCCCCCCCAUGUCCAUUCUUGGAAUAUGCUAGAAAAAAUGUGAGAUUGUCAUAGAUUGUUAAAUAAAAUGGAGAAAAAAAAUAUCCACCUGUUCAUAUGAUAAAAUAAAUCUUUAUUCAUAUCAUUUUAACAUAAGCGGUCAUCCUCUGUGCAGGGCUUUGGUGUGUGUUUUGAGAUAUCCUUAGCCAUUGGGUUGAGGUAUGACUGGUUUUGGGGAACUUCCUGCUUGUGACACACUGUUUGUUUCCAGUAUCUGAAGUGUGUGUGUGUGUGCUGUGAUAUGUCUGUUGGACAGUAACACUGAGCGUGCCAUUUCUCCAAUAUCUUAAAAUAUGGGACCACAGAAACCAGGUGGAAACAUUGUUCGUUCUCUGUUACACAAAAGGUAAGAGUUAGGAAAAAAGGCUCCUUUGUACACACAAACUAAUGAAUAGUGUACUAGACUGUGUCUGCUAAGGACACUGUCUAUAGUUUAGGUAGACUGUUGGUACUGUCGAGUUUAUGAGUGUCAAAAUGUGUCUGAUGUACACACUGGAAACAUGAAACGUUUGACACUGUAGUACUCCAGCUGCUCACACGGUGGUUCAAUGUCAAAACAACAAUUCUUUCUGACUUCUCGCAAGACUUUUCCAAGACAUUCAUCUGGCUUUCAUCAUCGCUAACACAUUUAUUUCCCUUCGAUGACCCUGAUCAACUAUCAGUUAUGUGUCGCUAGUUAUCACCGGUAAAUCCUGACAUGCUAAAAUUAGAAACACGUGCUUUCCUAUUAUUUCACUUCUGUCAAACCAAUUUUAAAACAAGCCAGUGAGUGAUUUUUGGAAUACACCUCGAUACUGUGAGAGGACUUCUUGGAAUAUACCGCUGUAGAUUUGAUCCUAUUCCAAAUAGUGAUAUUAUUGGCGACUGUGUUUCCAACUCAUUUAAAGCUCAACACGCAUUGCAACAUGUUGAACUGGCUCACACACAAAUCCUUCAUUCAGGGCCCUUUUUCAAAGCGACGCUUGUAAGUCAGUGUCCCAGACUGCCAGCCUUUGCAGGGAGAGCGAAUGCUUGAGAAACCGCAUUUUGUUUUCUCAGAAACUGAUAUGCAUCUCUUUAAAGAUAUCUGUCAUGUCCACUUUAUAACAGGCUUAUGAAGGCUAAUGGAGGGUUCAAGAAAAGAGUAACCAAUUUUCACCACUAUAAAAAAAUAUAUAUUUUGCAAAAAAUGUACUUUCUGACUUUUCCCAUCCUUGGAAAUCAAUCUGAAUUGUGGCGAUCAAAAGCUAGAGAAGUGAUUGCUUCCUAGGGAAUAUUGUGAGAUAUUUCUCCAUGCUUCAUUCAACUGUUCAGAUCAAUUUGGCAUCUCUGUGCUCUCUGUUCCAGUACAUCUGCUUUGCACGUCUUUGCACGUCUUUGCAAGGUCAAAAGCCCUGUUAUAACAGCAUUACAGUAAAUAUUGACGGCCAGCGGUAGACUCUUUGUCCAUUCGCAUCAAUUGUCACGUCAGGGAGUACUCAGCCUUUUAUCUGAAGAAUAUGGAACUGAACGAACGUCUGUCUCGUCAGUCACGGAUAGAACGCCAUCUAUCUUGUAUUUCCAGUAUGCCUGGCCUUAGACAUGACUCACUCGCAGCACUUAUGGGGAAAAGAAGCCCUCUCUUGGUAAGGGAUUAUUAUUUGUUAGUCCAUUGGCAGGUGAAGGGUGGAUCUCUGGGAAAAGAAAUCGUACCUGCUGUAUUACCUCAUCCUAUUCCCAUCAACUUGGGUCAAGAAGCCUCGUUCACCAAUUUGAUAGAAGACAUGAUUAUCCAUGUUCACUAUCUUAUAUCCGAUAAAACGGACCAGACGGUGCAUGUCCAUUGACGCACAUGUUCUCUUAUAACCCCCCCCCCCCCCCCACACACACACACACAGUAAUAAACCUUAACUGCUUCCUAUCAUUAUUCGAUGCUUGUAAACCUCUGAUGGUAUUUCCUUGGCUAAUAGUUUGGUGUGGAACCCUUCCAAGUGCAUGCCGUGUCAAAGCAGGCCGUGUGAGGGAGGGCCUUCCUUCUCCAGCACCGUUAGAGCCCGGUGUGGCCGUGGAACCGGACCCUCCACUGAUUGCUCUGUAAUUGCAGGUCAGCUCCGCAUGGAUUCACUUUGUAACAACUGAAUGAGUAUAACAUGGAAGGAUAACAUAGUCAUUCAGUCAGUCUCCCCUCUGUCUCCCAAUGGAGUUGUGCAUAGUCUGACCUGUUACAGGUCGCAGUCUAGAGUCUGGUUUUACAUUUCCUCUUGAAAUGUGUAUUCAGGUAAUGUAUUCCAGCAAAACAAACCAAGGUCAAGAAUAAAUCCGAUUUUCCUUCCUAGUGUGCAUCAGGCAAGAUGAGCAGACUGCAGACAGUCUACGAAGGUAUAUGGAAGGUGAAAGGCUCUUGAGUCCUACACUAUCUCACACACUAACAAUACUAUCGUCUGCAAUGAAUGCCAAUGUUCCUUGCAUUGAAGACCACUAGAUGGUAAUAGGUCUUUCAAAUAUUGCUAAAUGUUUUUGUUUAAUUGGGAUUACAUUUGAAUGCAAUCAAUAAUCAGUGAACUUUUUGGUAUUUUUAUUAGGAUCCCCAAUAGCUGUUGUCAAAGCAGCAGCUACUCUUCCCGGGGUCCACGCAAAAUGUGAAACAUGACAAUACAGAACAUUUAAUAGAUGACAACGGCUCAAGGACCGAACGUAAUCAAUUUUUAAAAGGCAGACGUAGCCUACAGUACAUAUCAAUGCAUACACACAAACGAUCUAGGUCGAAUAGGGGAGAGGCAUUGUGUCGUGAGGUGUUGCUUUAUCUGUUUUCUUUAUGAAAGCAGGUUUGCUGUUCAUUUGAGCAAUAUGAGAUGGAAGUUCCAUGCAAUCAUGGGGGUAAUCAAGCACACGGACACGCACUUCAGAGAUCAGAAGAGUCUUCCAUGUCAGGUACCGUAAGCUAUCAACCAAGCAAAAAUAAAUACCUAUGAUACACUAAACCCGGGAAAGUGUAUUUAAACCAUUAUUGCAGUGUUUUGUCAAGAUAUAACACAGUACAUGCAGUAUGCUGGUACUACAAAAGCAAUAAGGUCCUCAACAACUCUGUCAUAUGACUUGCUUCUGUACUUGUACAUUGCCUCAUCACAACAGGGUAUGGAUAACAUUUUAAAAAUCCUUUAAUCUUGAGAAGGUAUGACACUUUGACCUUCCUCACAGUUCCCAACAAAACACACAGAUGUUAAACACCCCUGGAAGCUGACUUGAAUUCACCGUCACACACAAAGUGAAAGCACAUUUCAAGGGUUAACGUACAUCAACCCUUUCAGGUGCAUUGGAGAAGGGGAAAAAAUUGUUCAAAUCAAAAGAAUCCCCUCUACACUGUGCUUGCAAAGUAACACUAUUUAUUUAUUGUACUACGGUUUCUGCCUUUUGGCCUUUGGCAGAACAUCUGUGUUCUGAUCUGGGUUGACAAUUCAUGGUCAGUCCUUACACCUAUAGCUCCAUCUUUGAAAUUGAUAGUGGUUACAUUUUCAAAUGUACAUUUACAAAUCUCUCUGAGGUCGUUAGGUGUUGAGUUAAGGUUGCUACUGCUUCCAUGCCAAUGCUUGCCCUCAUGCUUCUCUCUCUCUAUUUCUCUCUUUCAGUCUCUUUCGCUCUCAAUUUCUCUUUUUUUGCCCUCUUUCUGUCUCCUCUCUCGCUCUCUUCUCUCUCUGAGGGUAAACCUUUAAGUUUAGGAUUGGCCUUAGUGAGAGGUGUGUAUAUAUGCUUUUUUUACAGUCUCACCACCAUUGAUGGACGGCAUUGGCAAUAUGGUUCGAGGGGGUGUGGUAUAUGGCCAAUAUACCACGGCUAAGGGCUGUUCUUAUGCACAACGCAAUGCGGACUGCCUGGAUACAGCCCGUAGUAGUGGUAUAUUGGCCAUAUACCACAAACCCCCAAGGUGCCUUAUUGCUGGUUACCAAUGUAAUUAGAGCAGUAAAAAAAAAAUUGGGUCAUACCUGUGGUAUACGGUCUGAUAUACCACGGCUUUCAGCCAAUCAGCAUUCAGGGCUCGAACCACCCAGUUAAUAAUAAACUAUAAACUAUCCAUAGGUAUAUUACUGUAUGUAUGUUUGAAUCUGAUACCUACAAAAAUAAAUAAUCUUUAAUUAAAA